AUGAAGGACAUAGUUGAAGCUUCAGAUGGAUUUGUAUACCAUGUGAGCACUGUGGGAAUUACCGGUGCCCGUGAAUCGGUGAACGAACAAAUUCCGAGGCUUUUAAGGGAAAUUAGAGAGGCAACAACCAAGCCUGUGGCAGUUGGUUUUGGGCUAUCAAAGCCCGAACAUGUGAAACAAGUAGCAGAGUGGGGAGCUGAUGGUGUUAUUGUUGGUAGUGCCAUUGUGACGGUGUUGGGGGAAGCCAAGUCUCCUAAAGAAGGGUUGAAAGCACUUGAAACUUUCACCAAGUCUUUCACAUCUGCACUCCUUGGUUAA